AUUUUGAGUUUUUCUAUAAUUAUAAGUUGAAGUGACUAUAGCCAUGAGCUUAACAUGCGCAAUUUCAGGGAAACCUCCCCAGAUUCCUGUUAUAAACCGCGUUAGCGGUUUGAUUUACGAAAAAAGCCUUAUUGUGAAGUACCUUAAAGAACUACAUAAAGAUCCAGUGACUGGGCAGGAAACUACUGAAGAAGAUCUAAUUCAACUUAACACUAAUUCUUUCGUUCGACCAAGAGUUUCCGCGGCUGCCUCUUUGCCAUCUUUAAUUAAAAUGUUGCAAGAUGAGUAUGAUGCCGUAGCGUUAGAGACUUAUACUUUAAGAAAACAGCUAGAAACUUGCCGUCAGGAGCUUUCUCACUCUCUAUAUCAGCACGAUGCGGCCUGUCGUGUUAUUGCUAGACUAACUAAAGAAAGGGACGAAGCAAGGAAUGCUUUAGCUAAUCUUGCUGCAGGAUCGGAAAAAAAUAAGACCAGCACGGAAAUUGAAAACAAGUCUAACAAUUCUGAACACGUGAACAUGCCUCAGGAUGUCAUCGAAAAAAUUAAUUCUACCAGCGAAGUUCUUCAAGCCGAACGUAAGGAAAAGAAGAAACCAGCCGAUUUAACAACAAAAGAUAAAAUAGCUUAUUUUAAGGAAAAAAACAAUUUUUAUUCCAUUCACAGUGCGAGUUCUGCUGGAAUUCUGUGCCUAUCGCUGCACGAUCAGCACCCCAACUGGAUUCUUACUGGAGGCGUUGAUAAGAAAGUUGUGCUUUACGAUAUUUUUGCAGAUUCGGUGGUUCACACUUAUCAAGGGCAUACUAAGAAAGUUACUUGCUGCGAACUGCAUCCUUCACAAGACUUGGUUAUCUCUGGAAGCGCUGAUGCACAAGUUCGAAUAUUUUCCACAAGUGCCGAUAAACUUCUUCAUGUUUUUACGAGCCACUUUAGUGGAGUUACUUCCUUGUCAAUCCAUCCAACCAAUGAUUUAAUGGCUUCCAGCGAUUCGGCCGGUAGUUGGUCCUUUCACGAUUUGUCGCGCCAAUCCACUUAUCAGACUUCUGUUGAUCCCAAUAAAUCUUGUAUUAACUGCGGAAGUAUUCACCCGGACGGGAUUCUCUACGGCAGCGGAUUAGCGGACAGCAUGGUUAGAAUUUGGGACAUCCGCACCGCAUCGCCAGUCGUGGCUUUCGAGGGGCAUAAGGCAAUUAUUAUUGUUAUUAUUAUUAUUACAGUCUAUAAUCUUGUUAUUUUACUGUCAUAUUAUACUAUUUGA